CAAGCAAACAAAUUCAUCAUCCAGGGGCUCCUCUGAUGAUGAUAAGCUCUGCACAGCUUUGACAGACAAAUUCGUAUUUUACAGCUUUCCUGCAUCGUAUGUGAGAUUUUAAAUCAAAAUUCCUUUGGCUGAAUUGUUGGAAAAGCGAACAAAUAACUGAGUGAAACAGAUCACAAGACUUCAAUCAGUUUGUAAACUACAAGAAUGAUCAAGAUGAUCUGGGCUCUGUGCUUGCUUUGUAUGGCUGGGGGUUUGAGAGAAGCCCAUGCAGGUCCACUCCCGAUGACCAGCAAGAUGGAAGACAAGGCUGCACCGCAGGAGGAAGUCAACGUGCUGAUGUUUGGUGUCAUACAGCUCAGCGAAUCCCUAAAUUAUGUUUAUGAAACAACUGCGGCAAAGAUUGGGAAAAUCAGCAAGGCGCUAACCAGCCACGAGGGGACUCUGCAAAUGCUGGGGAAGCAGACUGAGCUGGCGGCCGAGGCGGAGAAAGAGAUGAAAGACGUGUUACAGUCGCUACAGGCCCAGAUGGCCAAGCAACAAGAUCAGACUGUGAUGACUAAAGACUGGCUGGCCAGCAUGGAGCAGGAAGAGGUGGAGCUCAAGACAAAAGUGAGGAGGCUGGAGAUGUAUCUCAACAACUUCGCCCCCACCAGCAUCAAAGAGCUGCAGGAGAGAGCAGAGGAGCAUUCCUACGUCUUGAAAUGUUUACAGGAUUUGACCCAGUUCCACAAAGAGAAUAUUGAGACCCAGAUCAAGCAGCUCUCCAAACUGCAGAGGAUGAGUGAAGCGUAGACAUAGUUUCAAGAUUCGCCACUGAGGUCUUCCUCCUCUAACCAGUUCUGAAUGAGACGAGUCCACAUAGAUCUCAACUGUGGAACAUCACUGCACUCCCUCCUGAACCUGCUUUGUAUACUACAGAUCUAAUGUAUGACCAGAAAAUAUUUUUAUGUUUUGAUUAUAUUGUACAGCAGUCCUAUAUACUCCCCUGGCACUUAUAACUACAGCAGUCUAGUACAGCAGUCCUGCAAUAAAAUCUACCUUCAUAACAGUAAAUAUAACGAGAGGGUAGUCAGUUAUGUUGAAGUUUUAACAAGGUGUUGAUUCAACUUUUUGUAGGUAUGUUGUAAGCUGCAGUUUGUGUUUAAAUGUUUUAGUAAAAAUUGAACAUCUUAGCAUUAUUGAAGGUAGAAUUUACUGCAGGACUGCUCAUUAGUUUUAGCUACAUGUACGACAGCUAACAAUAUUUCUUAUAUAAUAUUUUUGUGCCUUUUGUUUAUCUUGACCUUGAAGCAUUUGAUACAUUUAUUUAAUGAAAAUGCCAUUCAAAUUAAGUUGUUAAAUUAUAAGAUCAUUUAUGCCUGACAGUAUUGUCAAAAAAAAAUAAUAGCUUGUUUUAACAUUUUUAGAUUUUAUACAUUAUAAAACAAUGAAAUAAAUAAAGUUCAGUCUCAAUUAAGAA